GCAGUUCCUUCCACUGUCAGAAAAUUGAUAUUUUGGCGGUGGCCUACACGGUCAUCUCAGUGGUGAAGGUGUUCUCCUUACUCUUGCUUAUCAUCAGCAUUUGGGUGUGCCGUGAACGAUGGCUACGCAUGGGAAACAGGUUUCUUGCACUCCAGCAACUAUAUCGCAGUGAUUUGCGCACGAUAAGAAUUGGUCAGCGAUUGCAGCACAUGUGCAAAAUUAAUAAUGUGUCUCUCAAAAGUUAUAUUAACAAUGUAUUCGAUGUAUGGACCUAACAGCAUGCUGAUGUGCAAUAUUUUCGAGGAAAAGGAGUCUCCAGAAUCCUUGAUAUACAUUAGCUCAACCAUUGUGGUGUUGCCUUUGGAAAUGAUUGUUUGCUGUGUUGACUAUUGGAUCUAUCAUUUAACGCGUGUCAGCAAUUGGUUACUCGAUUGCUUGAGCCUAGAGGUACAGGAAUUAAAAAAAGAUAUUGGCUGGUUGCCAAGACGGCGAGGUUGUCAUCGUAAUGUCUAUCAGCAACAGCUCUUCGGUGGCUGGCGUCAUCUCUGGCGACACUGUGUACGUCUGGAUAAAGUGCACUGCGAGAUGAUAAUGAUAUUUCAAUGGCAAAUGCUUCUUAAUAUUCUCACCAAUUACUUGACGGAUAUCACAUCCCUUUUCAACUUGAUCAUCUACUUGAAUGAACCCCAAACUGCUCAUCAUAUUGUAUACUUUAUUGGAUAUUGGAUUACCUGUAUAAUCUUUCAUUUAAAUAUUAUAAGUUUCUUUACAAUAUUUGGCACAAAUAGAUUGAAGUGGAAACAUCUCCUAGAGCAGGUGCAUGAACUUUUUCUAACACUGUGUUCCAUGGAUAUCGAUUGGCAUGAAGAUGUUUAUUGCGUUGCUCUCUAUCGUCAAGUUGAGUUUAGUAUAAUUUUUGGCAACCGCUGCCUGCAACGGAGUCCCGAUCGAGUGCGUCGCCUUCACAUUGCCGGAUUGUUUGACUUAAACAGAAGAUCGGAGUUUUGUAUGAGCACUUCUAUUGCAAUGAAUGUUGUCAUCUUAUGGCAGAUAGCUUAUAAAUAUUAUUUUUGAAACGCUGUAUCUUUAGUGUACUUGGUUCAAGCACUUUUUGCAUUAUUUGAUUAUAAGAACUUUUCUAUUCAAACAAAUAUUUAAGUCUAACACCUCAUUCAUUGACAGAGAACUUAAAAAUGAUUGAAAUUGCAUUAGCACAAUCCUUUAGACUAUUUAUUUGAAAGAAAGCUUUCGAUCUAACAUAUGUUAUUGUAGAAAUCGAACACCU